AUGUCAGGAAACAUUGGUCUACAAGUCAGACAGGCGGUUCCAAACUUGGACCCAAUUGUUGCAAACUAUACUGUUGGAUAUAUUCAGCAUUUGAACGGAUCUACAGAGGAUGCUGUUAUCGCACAACAGCUGGAUAUAGCCCAAGAACUGUCGUUUGUUCAUGAUUUGUUAGUAAGUAGUGGAGGAGACAAGGAGAAAAUAUCUGCCUUCACAAACAAGAUACAAGAAGAGUUUGAGACAAAAUUGAAAGAGAAUAUGAAAAAGCUCUCGCUUACAGGCGACACUUCUAAGAGACUAUUAGACAUCAGCCUGGUAAAGAAUCAACAACGUGAUAUUAAUUCGUCUUUAGCUCUGCUGCAAAGCACAAAGGAUAUAGCACAUGGGGGCCGUGUGUUGGCAACUAAGGUUGAUAAGAAGAAGCUCAUAAAAGCUGAGGCCAAAAUUGCCAAGAAGGUUGCCAAACGUGCCAAUAAGUUUGUAAAAUAUGAAGCCUCCAAACUCAUUAAUGAGCAAUCCCAAGAGGACUACGACUCAUUUUUCCUCAAAAUCAACCCAAUUGAUUUUGGUUCUGCCGCUGGAAAAUCAAAGGAUAUCAAGCUUGAUGCGUUCGAUUUAUAUGUUGGUGACGGAAAGAGAAUUUUGAGCGAUGCCUCGCUGACUUUGGCGUACGGUCGGAGAUAUGGUCUAAUUGGUCAAAACGGUAUUGGAAAGUCCACUCUCUUGCGUGCUCUUUCCAGGAGAGAAUUAGACAUUCCUAAGCAUGUAACUAUUCUUCAUGUCGAGCAGGAGAUAAUAGGUGAUGACACCCCUGCUUUGCAAUCAGUUUUGGAUGCUGAUGUUUGGAGAAAGCAAUUAUUGCAUGAAGAAGCAGGUAUUACUGAGAGAAUAGAUGAGAUUGAAAAACUAAGAUCACAAUUUGAUGAGGACUCUCUGGAGGUCAAAAAACUAGAUAAUGAAGAUUCGGAUUUGCAGAAUCGUAUUCUGGAAGUUCACUCGAAACUUUCUGAAAUGGAAUCGGAUAAGGCUGAGGGUAGAGCUGCUGCUAUUUUAUUUGGUCUGGGUUUUUCCAAAGAGUCCCAACUGCAGCCUACGAAAUCAUUUUCCGGUGGUUGGAGAAUGCGUCUUUCUUUAGCAAGAGCCCUGUUUUGUAAGCCAGAUUUGUUAUUACUAGAUGAACCUUCUAAUAUGUUGGAUGUGCCAUCCAUCACUUAUCUUGCAAAUUACUUGCAAACCUAUCCAGCUACGGUUCUUAUUGUGUCCCACGAUAGGGCGUUUUUGAACGAAGUUGCCACUGACAUCAUCCAUCAACAUUCUGAAAGGUUAGAUUAUUAUUCCGGUAAUUUUGAUGCAUUUUAUAAUACAAGAGAGGAACGUUUAAAGAAUCAAAGGAGGGAAUAUGAAAAACAAAUGGAAUAUAGAAAACAUCUUCAGACCUUUAUCGAUAAAUUUCGUUACAAUGCUGCAAAAUCUUCGGAGGCUCAAUCCAGAAUCAAGAAGCUAGAAAAGUUGCCAAUCUUGGAGGCGCCAGAGGAAGAAAAGGUUAUUACCUUCAAAUUUCCGGAUCCUGAAAAGCUUUCUCCACCAAUCUUGCAGUUGCAGGACGUUUCGUUUGGAUAUGAUCCUAAACUAAUGCUUUUAUCUCAUGUUGAUUUAGAUGUUCAAAUGGACUCUAGAAUCGCACUUGUUGGUGCCAAUGGUUGUGGUAAGACCACAUUGUUGAAGCUGCUGAUGGGUGAUCUUACUCCACUGGAUGGGUUUAUUUCCAAGAACGGCCGACUCCGUAUUGGAUAUUUUGCGCAGCAUCACGUUGAUUCCAUGGAUCUUACAUUAGAUGCUGUUACUUGGAUGGCCAAAAAGUUUCCAGGUAAGAACGAUGAAGAAUACAGAAGGCAUUUGGGAUCUUUCGGAAUCACUGGUAGUUUAGCAAUCCAAAAGAUGCAGCUGUUAUCUGGAGGACAAAAAUCAAGAGUUGCAUUUGCUGCUUUGUGCCUCUCCAACCCUCACAUUUUAAUUCUUGAUGAGCCUUCUAACCAUUUGGAUACUGCUGGUUUGGAUGCAUUGUCAGAAGCACUACAUAGAUUCAAAGGGGGAGUGUUAAUGGUUUCGCAUGAUGUAGCCAGCAUUGAUCGAAUCUGUAAUGAAAUUUGGGUUAGUGAGGAUGGUACUGUGAAGAGAUUUGAAGGUAACAUUUAUGACUACAAGGACUACAUCAUGUCGAAGGCCAAUGCCUCAGGAGUUGUCAAACUACAUUAG